ACCCCUAUCUUCCUUCUUCUUCCUCCUUCUUCCCCAACCUUGAACCAUCGAUUCUCCAUAAUCUCCGGAAUCGAAAUUCGCCUCUUCGUGUCCACCACCGGAAGCCUGGAAAUUAUGGAAAUCCAACAGACUCAAUGGUGUCCUGACUUGGGAAUGGAAGACCCAUCUUUCAAUUACUACCCAGGUUUCGACUGCUACUCGUUAGACGGCUUCGAUUUCGACCACGACACCAUUCCUCUGGCCAUCCCUCAAAGCUACCAAAUCUCGGUUCACGACCAGACCAGGCCUGCCAAACUUCCCAAACACCAACUUACCAUUACCAACCAAUGCUCCAAAGCUUCUUCCCCCUAUUCUUGCGUCAUCUCUUUCGAAAGCUCCACCGAUUCCCUCCAAAACCCUACGACGAGAAUCGGUGGUGGACACGAAGAGGCGAAUUUCGAUUCCGGAGAUUAUGGAGAAUCGAUGGUUCAAGGUUGGGGAAGAAGGAGGAAGAAGAAGGAAGAUAGGGUUUGUUUGGGUUUGAUCGAAAAGGAAAGAAGGUGAGGGGAUAAGGUGG